AAUUGCCAACCAACGAGUGGCCGAUACCCGCUGGAAGCCCACCUAUCAACGUGUGCAAGGUCGUGGUCACGUAUACCCCGGUUGGAAUGAUACCAUCAACGCAUAUGUCUGGCUGCCAAUCUCAGGCUGGAAUGAGAGAUUCGUCGGUGUUGGUGGAGGAGGUUGGUCAACCGGAGAUGUUCCCGAUCUUGGACCACCAGCCUCCAAGGGAUAUGCCGCUGUGACAACCGACGGUGGUCGACCCAUGACGAAUCGACAGAGCAUGGAUUGGGCACUCACAAAGUCCGGUCAUCUGAACUGGCCCCCUCUGCAAAACUUUGCAGCUGUUGCUCUAGAUGAUGCAACGACCGUGGGAAAGGCCGUUACGGAAGCAUACUUUGGCUACUACCCUCCCGCAUGCGAACUUGCUGCCAUCACCAAUGCUGCGAUCAAGACAUGCGACCCUGUCGAUGGCGUUGAAGACGGAAUUGUAUCCGACUCAGAUGGCUGUGACUUCGAUCCCAUAUCGGUAGUAGGAACAGAGGUUACCUGCGACAAUCCUCCAGGUACUAUCAAAGUCUCAGUAAAAGCAGCCGAGGUCGCCCGUUUGACAUGGCGUGGUCCACAAACCGAAGAUGGCAAAUUCAUGUGGUACGGGCUGGAUAAAUCUGCCCCUCUCAAUGGAUUGGCCAACACGAACUGUACCUCCUUGACAAACUGCACCACGAGCCCCUUUGCCAUUGCAAAAGAUUGGCUAAGCACCUUUAUCCUUCAGAACCCGUUUGUUGAAUUGAAGGGCAUGUCGCACGCAGAGUAUAGCAGGCUCUUCCGACAAUCUGUCAACCGCUUCGCCUCUGUGAUGGGCUCAGCUGAUGCUGAUCUGACGGACUUUAAGAAAGCAGGUGGAAAGAUACUUGCGUGGCACGGGACAGCAGAUGAACUUAUUCCGUACAAGGGAUCCGUGGACUACUACAAGCGUGUGCUUGAGGGAGACUCUGAAGCGAAUGAUUAUUACCGCUUCUUUGAAGCACCCGGUGUUAACCACUGCAAAGGUGGUCCUGGAUGGUUCCCAGGUGGUGCGUUUGAUGCUCUUGUGAAGUGGGUGGAAGAGGGAAAGGCUCCUGAGACUCUGUAUGCAGAGACUACUGGGACAGAGACGAAGAGAGUGGUGGAGCUUUGUGCGUACCCGAAGAAGUUGACGUAUCAGGGAGGUGACGCAAGUAUUGCUUCGUCAUAUGGUUGCAAAUAG